AUGGCUGACCCGCUUAUUUUAGAAAUGCCGGAAACCCUCAUCUUCAACGAUGAAGAGACUGUCUUGACUUUGCAGUCUGAUCGGGACCAAGAUGUUUCCUUCUUUGCCACCCUGGAGCCAAAGCGGCAGAAUAUUCUAGACUCUCCUGCGACGGCCCUCACGUUUCUGGACACGACCCCGGCCGAGUUCUGCAUGCGGGUGCGGCUGGAGGAGACGGGGGAGUUCUUCCGCAUCGCCAACUGCCGCAGCGACAUGACGGUUCGGGAGCUCAAGGAGGAGCUGGACCUCAUGGCGGGCGUCCCCUUCAACAUGCAGUGCCUGCACUAUCUGGACCAAGGAAUUUUGCUGGACAACACCACACUGAAGUUCCACGACAUGGUCCCGGGCAGCAUCAUCUCGCUGGGCAUCUGGAAUCACGACGGCUGGGCAGAGCUGUUCCUGGCGGCGGCAGAGGGAGACCCCAGCAAGCUGUCCUCCCUGGGCGUCAGCGAGGACUCCUCCUUCCGCACCGCGCACGCGCAGGCCCUGCGGGGCGAGCAGUGGACGCAGUGGGUCUCCCAGCGGGCCUUCGUGGCCCUCUACAUCACCUCCCACAGGGGCCACGUGGAGGCCGUGCAGUACCUUCUAGAACACGGAGCCAGCUGUGUCAGCAAGACCCCGGUGGGCAGGACGCCCCUGCAUGCGGCGGCCGCCAUGGGCCGCACGGACUGCGUCACCCAACUUGUGCGGCACGGGGCGUCUAUCCACGAGAGGGACGCGCACGGGGAGUCGCCCAUCGGCAUGGCGCGCCGGCUGCACCGCAAGCAGAGCGAGCGCAGGAUGUUCCUACUCUACUGGACGGCCAAGAGCAGCGCCAAGGACAACGCCGGCCUGGGCCCCGGCGACCUGCUGCCGGACCCCAAGGCCCACUGA